AUGAAUAAUAAUAAUAAUAAUAAUAAUAAAAACGAUAAUGAUGCAAAUUUAUUUGUAAAUCUAUCUCACCUGUUAUUGACAAAGAUUACUGAUAGAUUGCGUGAUAACAUAGAUAGAAUUUGUUUAAGUUUAGUUUGUAAAAGAUUAUACAAUGAAAGAAAUAAAUAUCUUACAUUUAAUACAAGAUUUAUCAACUCUAUCCAUAAAGAUAAUACAAAGGAAAUCUAUUUAAAUUCAUACAAAUCAAUUUUAAUCAACUCCUUCAAUCAAAAAACAAAUUGUACAUUAUUAUAUGAUAAACAAAUGAAUAUUGAUAAAAUAGAUUCAAAUGUAAUUCAAGUAGACUAUGAUUCCGACUUUUCAGGAAAACUAGAAGUUAAUCAAUCGAUUUCAGAGAAACUCUAUCAAUUGAUAGCUAAUUCCAAUGUAGUCAAACUGGUAGCGUGUCAAACACUGAGAUAUCAACUGCCAUCGAAUUUAAUAUCGCUAGAAUUCGAUCCACAAUUUAAUGAACCACUGGAGCCAGGUUUUCUUCCUCCAAAUCUAAGGAAACUUAGAUUUGGAUUCAAGUUUAACCAAAUAAUCAAGCAUGGUAUCCUACCAAAUAAACUGGAGAAACUAACACUUGGACAGGUGUAUAAUCAACCACUUGAACCAGGUGUAUUACCAACGUCAUUGAAAGUUCUUAAAAUGACUGGUACCUCUUGGUUCGACAAACAGGAUCUAAAAGUUGGAUCGUUACCUCCAGCUCUUGAAGUGUUCCGUUACACUGGACAUUCCUCAGAGUUCAUCGAAGGUAUACUACCUACUACCGUUCAUACAUUUAUGGGUGUACCAUUCUCAUGGAUUACCUCACCAUUGUUCAAAUCAUAUUGCAAUCUAAAAUCAUUGACUGUUCGUCACUCACCAAGUAACCAUCAAUCUAUUUUAGAUUUACAAGUCAUCCCUGCCUCCGUAACAAAGUUAAUUAUCUUUGAUGACAUUCAUUUGAAAUCAACGAUGCCUCCAACAAUCAAAUAUCUCGAUAUUACCUGUGCACAAUAUGAUAUCGAUGAGAUAUUCAAUGAUCGAUCGAUCUAUCAUUUCGAAACUCUCAAAAUCGGUGGAUUCAUACUGGAUUCUCUUGAGAAUAUCAAGGUCGAUCACUUACAUCUUGCAUUUAGAGAUGAAUACGAAGGUCAAGAGUUAUUAAGAGAUAUACCAAAUGCUAUUAAAGUUCUAAGCUUUGACUAUUGUAUGGCCGAGAUAUUAAUUCAAAGUGAGAUACCAGCUUCAGUUAAAGUUGUUAAAAUCGAAAACAAUACAAAGUAUAACCGCUUUGACUUUAUACCAAAUACACUUGAAUCGCUAGUAAUUAGAGAUGACAUUGGAACAUCCUUUUGCAGUCUUCCAGAGCUAGUAAAUCCUCUUACAAUUCCAACAACCGAUAUAUUAAUUCCCAGAGAUCUUUCAAACAUCUGUUUCAAACAGAUAAAUGAUCGAAUCUUUAGGAGGUUCCAAUUAAAAGGGAACAAAAACUUUACAGUUUUAGUUGAAACUUCCGUCCGCAUGCGCAACAAUAUUACCAAGAGCAAAAGUAUAGCAUAUAACAAACUUUUUGGUUUAAAUUCUUAUAAUUAUCAAAUUGAUAGCGCUAGAGAAUGCAAAUCAAACUGUUCUCUCUAUAUCUCUACUUUGGAUGAUGAUUUAAUCAAUCAAUCCUAUGAAUAUGAUUACUAUUUAAAUCAUAAAUCUAUUGGUAAAGAAAUAUUAAGAUUCCCAGAAACAAUUGUACGAAUCUACUUUUCAAAUGAUUUCAAUCAAUGUAUAGCUCAUUAUAAAUCAUUGUUUGAAAAUUCAAAUGUCAAAGAACUUCAUUUUGGAAAGCAUUUCAAUGUGGCGAUUCAACCCGGUUCUUUACUCAAUGUAGAAACCAUUAUAAGAGCAGAUGUUCUGCCACCAUCACUUGAAUAUCUAUCGUUUGGUGAUUGCUUUCAUGAAACCCUAGAAGUGCCAUUACCACCAGACCUUCGAGUUUUAAAGUUUGGAAAAUUCUACGAGGAAACAGUUAGAGACGAUGUUCUACCGCAAGGACUGUUGAAAGUAAGGAACUUUCCAUAUCCCUCAAGAGCGCUUUUACCAAGCUCAACCAAAACCAUUAGCUUUUCUCAGCUGAGCGAUACACCGUUCGAACCACAACCCGGUGAUCUCUCAUCAAACUUCACCUCGAUUGACAUCAAGAAUAUCUCACGUUAUCUAAUGCCAGGAGCACUACCACAAUCUACUGUCAAACUUAAACUCGGUCAAUACUUUAAUCAGAAUAUCACUGUAGAUCUCAUCCCUAGAUCAGUAGAGAAACUCUACUUGGGAGAGAGUUUCAAUGUAUCGAUCAAACCAAAUGUACUACCGAAAUCACUCAAAGAAUUGAUAUUCUCACCAUUUUUCAAUCGUACACUUCAACCGAAAAGCAUACCGGAAUCUGUCGAGUCGAUCACUUUUAAUGGGUUUUAUUCUUGUUCUAUUAAAGCAGAUAUUCUACCUGCAAGCGUUCGUCAUCUGACUUUCAAAGCCGACAAUUGUCUCUUGCAAAAACCUGGUAUCAUUCCAACGACCGUCAAAUCAAUGGAAUUAAACAAUCAGAGAAUCAAAGAAGGUGUUAUUCCGUUAUCGGUUGAAACUCUUACCAUUUCAAUAGAGUUUUUCAAGUUUAACAAACUAAAGAUAAUACCUCUCACCAUCAAUACCAUCAUAUUGAAAUUGGAAGAAGAUGUCAGAUUCAAUCUUAAAAGAAUUGGUCAAACAUCUUUUAUUAUCAUGAGUGAUCAUUCAUCAAGUGGUGCAUUCAUAAGUGAUUCAUUCUUUGAAAACUUUGAAAAAAUGAAAUCAAUUUUAAAUCUUUAUAAAUUAAAAUCUAUUUAA